UGUUUUUUUGUUGUUAUUAAAAAUAUGAGUUCUGUACCAGCAGUGCCAACUAUAGAUAGAAGAGAUAGCGAACAAGAAGCCGAGGUUCCUAUGCCAACUGAACCCUAUCAUGACGAAGAAGAAGAGCCCACUGUUUCGGAAGGAGAACAAGACCAAGAGAAUCGUAGAAUGCGUUCCUAUGAAGCAAGUGUAGUUAGUGUACAAAGUAACCCACCACCUUAUGAACUCUACCCACCAGCCAAAACGGCUUUUGGAAGAUUUUUUAAUUGGCUACGCCAGAUACCUCAAUGGAAUACGCAUCAGCCAAUUUAUUUACCGACCAUCCAUAAUAGUGGCAGUAGUAGUGGUAGGUCCAUUUUUAGUUUGGGAAGACGGCAUAGGAGAACAGCUUCUACUACAAGUAGUGGUAGUAGCAUUUCAUCCACUUCUUCCGUUUCUUGUUGGUCGUAUUAUUAUUUUGCAAUUACAGAUCGUUUACCCGAACGUCCUCGUUUUGUUCUUCCUUCCUUUUUAGCUAAGCAUCGACUAGCCUUGAUUGUGCUUUCAUUCUUUUCUUUGGUCCUCUUCAGUUUCCUGUUGUUUUGCUCCAUCUUUUUCUCAGCUAGCAAUUAUCCUGCCCCUGUGUUUCCUGACAAAACAACCAACUCUACUGCCCGAUUCUUGACACUCAAUAUCUUUAUGCGUCCCCCUCUGAUUAAGAAUAAUUGGUCUGACUAUAAAGACGAUCGUCUGGCUUACAUUGAAAAAUACAUUUUACCCGAAUAUGAUGUCAUUUGCUUUCAGGAAUCCUUUGCGUUUGCUUCCAAAAGAAAAGACCGCCUUAUCACAUCAGCUCGUAAAUUAGGGUUCAAUUAUCAUGUUGAGUCACCACGUAAAUAUCCUUGGAAUAUUGGUGUAGACGGUGGUCUUUUGAUUGUCUCUCGCUUCCCUAUCAGACAAGCAGAUGUGAUUGAAUAUCCUCGUGGACAACACAGUGAUUGGUUGUCUAUCAAAGGUGCAUUGCAUGCUCAUAUUGAAUUAAACGCAACCAGAAAAAUCCAUCUUUAUACAACUCAUACACAAGCUUCUUAUGAUUUGAACAAUGUCAUCAAUGAAGAUGAUACUGCCAUUCGUCUCUCUCAAUUUGCCAUUCUUCACCAAUUUAUUUAUGAUACCAGUCGUCAAGACAACAACCAAGAUCCCAUUAUGGUUGUAGGUGAUUUGAAUGUGGAUGCUGCUGUUCAUUCUAAAGAAAGGCCCAUCACUCAACCCUCAAAAGAAAGUUCACCCGAAUAUGUCAAAAUGGUAGACGUAAUCCGUGGUACAGGUGUCCUUAAAAGCAAUUCGGAUGGUCGCUGGUUCGAACAUCCUUGGAAACUAGACAAUUUGACUGACAUUGUUUAUGAUCAUUAUGGCUACCAUCCUGUCACAUUCGGUGACUACAAAGUGAGCAAUCAAGGCGAAUUGGUACCUGCAGAAACUGUAUUGACCAAUUGGGAUGUCUUGAUGACUGUCCAAAGUAUUGAUCGUAUCUUUUUGGCUCCUCGUUAUGCUACUGUGGCUAAAUUGCAGUCACCUCGAGUAGAGAAAUUCUGGGUUGAAGAAAAUGAUCAAAUGACUGAUGAAGAAAAGAAAAACACUGGGUUUACACAAAUUUCAGAUCAUUACGGUUUGAGUUGUGAAAUCCAACUUCUCUGAUGUAUAUAUAUAUUUAUAUUUAAAA